AUGGAAGAAAGUUCCAGCGUUCCUGAGAGUGAUAACUUCCGAGAGAGUGAUGUUGAGGGUGUGGAUCCCCAACCACCUGCGGAUGUGUUUUCCCCGGAAAUCACCGAGUCAGUUAAUGUCUUGGUGAAUGACGGAUCAAGUGUAGGCGCUUAUACACUUGAUCUGGUGACGAACCUGAAGUCAGCUUCGGAUGUAGUCAAGUUGUCAACGCACGAACCUAAAAGGUUCUUGCGAGAUCUGCGUAGUGACAAGAUCAAGCAGAUCUGCGCACUCGUCACAGAGGACGAGUAA